CCAUUCCUUUCGUUGAAAGUCCCCUCCGACGCGAGUGAUUGUUCCGUACCACCAUGGUUGUCAGCCGAGACCGCACCAAGCCAAUUGCUCCCGUUGGCAAUGGCAACGCAAGCCCGACGAGCGGUGCGACGACGACGACAACCGCAACGAGAAUUCUUGUACCGGAUGUGGACGAAGAACAAUCCUUGCUCUCCUUAUCCACACCCGACGCCUCCGUCGAAAGCGAGCAUAUUCGUCACACCAAAGGCCAGCACGAAUCGUCGACUCUUUUUUCCAUCCCCGUCCUAAUGUACAUGUGUCUGUUCUUCUUCGCCAUGAUUGCGCACGAAUUGGCUUUGGAAGCGGCGACCCACGAAUUCGGCCACGUCGACGCCUUGGCGUCCGCCGUUACGUGUUUCCAGUUCGGGUCCUGUCUCGUCUUUCCUCUCCUCGCGGCGGGUCGAUCGGGAUGCCGGCGUUUCCCUCGCACUUUCCGGCAAAUAUUGCCCUAUGUGCGCUUGUCUGUCUUGGUGUUUGGCGCUUCCGGAUUGGCAACCCACGCGGUGCGCUACGUCACUUACCCCACCAAGGUCGUCUUCAAGAGUGCCAAACUUAUACCCACCAUGAUCGUAGCCACUCUUUGGCAAGGCCAACGCUACACCGGAAUGGAGUACGUCGCGGCAUUGUGGGUGUGCGCCGGAGCUGCCGGGUUUUCGUACAAUAGUGGCAACAACCCACACGGCACCGAGACUAACGACACGAUCCAGUCCACACCAGGUUUGUUGCUGCUCUCAGUUAGUAUAUUAUGCGACGCAAUUGUCCCCAAUUUUCAAAAAGUCUUGCUGAAUGGAGGUUUGUCGGCUAAUCAGCUCAUGAUCAACGUCAACGCGGUGGGUUUGGCCGCACUCGGCACCUACAUGGCUCUGACAGGCGAACUGCGUUCGGUCGCCGAGACCGCCACGGAACAUCCUUGGUUGUUGCUCUACCUGACGUGCGUCGGUUUGGGCUUGGCGACGGCCGUGUGGGCCUACACCAAACUCAUUCAAGCAACGUCCUCGGUGGUGGCCGUUGGAGUGUCUACCCUGCGCAAAGUCGCCACUAUCCUACUGUCCUACAUUUUCUUUCCCAAACGACUCUUGAUGAUUCACCUCCCCAGUUUUGUGCAUCCUUUUUCGGCUUACAGUACCUUUACGUUUUUAUUCUGGUUCCAUGGAGUCGUCCGGGUCAUUGUCUUCCUCGUCUUCCUCCACAUCCAAAAGCUCGAGGAUGCUUCCCCCAUGUUGUGUCGCUGAGGUAACCGCGACAACUCCCCGUGAACCACUGACUACGAGUCGUGGGGGCAGCCCCGUACUCGUCUGAUCCGUCGGCGCCGUAUCGUCGUGCGGGCCCUUCAAGACCCGGGUCUUAGCCAACAACACCCCCGCUUCUGAAAACAAAGACUCGUCCUCGCUGCCCACCGUCGGUUGCGGUUGUACAACAAGCCGACCAGCUCCCUUCGCCGAAACCAAUGGUCUUCCGUCCAAACGAGCGCACUGAAAGGGAGCCUCGUCGUAGAGAACCAGCCAGAGGUCCAGUUGACCAUGCGGUCGUUCCACCAGCAGUCCCAAGGCUUGCCGACUUUCGUGACGCGGUUCCUCAUCCGUGUUACUGGAAGAAAGAGACGAAUUCCCGUCGUCGCCGUAAAACGCAACUUGCUGCACUACAGAACCCUGGGGAAGAACCAGCGCACACCGCCAGUAUGGUUUGCCUGUAUCCAUUGGCCCAGACCCAUCCUCGUCUUGCUCGUCAUCCACAAAGUCGUCCAAUG